CCAGAAACAGCAUCCAUUUAUUAGACCUACGUCUGAUUGGCUGCUCACGGGUAACACGUGUUGUGUUGGGUUUUGUAACUCUCUUUACGAUUGAUUACAAAACAAAUUGUCAAUAUUUUCUACUGGUGCAGGCAAGACUGUAUAAAGGUAGGUCACCAAACAGGCAUGGCUCAUACUUGCAUUCACUGGUUCCGCAAGGGGCUCCGACUGCACGACAAUCCAGCACUUGUGGCUGCAUUGCGGGACUGCAAGGAGAUCUACCCUGUGUUUGUUCUGGACCCCUGUGCCCCCAACAACGUCAAAAUUGGCAUCAACCGAUGGAAGUUCCUCAUAGGAGCCCUUAAAGACUUGGAUUGCAGCCUGAGGAAACUCAAUUCUAGGCUGUUUGUGGUGAGAGGUAAGCCAGAGGAGGUCUUUCCUAAGCUGUUCCAGAAGUGGAAGGUGACGCGGUUGACAUAUGAGUAUGACACAGAGCCCUUCAGCCUCCGCCGGGACAAGGAGGUGGUCCGGUUAGCUGAAGAGCACGGAGUAGAAAUCAUCUACAAAGUCUCCCACACACUCUACAACAUAGACAGGAUAAUUGAAGAGAACAAUGGGAAGGCUCCCCUGACCUACAAUCGGCUGCAGACCCUUGUCAGUAGUAUCGGUCCCCCCAAAAGGCCUAUCCCCGCUCCAACCAGUGAUGACAUGAAGGAUGUAAAGACUCCGUGCUCAGAGAAACAUGAGGAACACUAUGGCAUCUCCACGUUAGAGAAGUUGUAUCAGGAUCCAGAGUCUUUGACUGAGGAGCUGUUCCCCGGUGGAGAGCAAGAGGCUCUGCUGAGACUGGACCAACACAUGGAGAGAAAGGAAUGGGUGCGUGGCUUUGAGAAACCACAGACGUCCCCAAACUCCCUGAGCCCCAGCACCACCGUCCUCAGCCCUUAUAUGACAUUUGGCUGCCUGUCAGUACGCACCUUCUGGUGGAGUCUAACUGACGUCUACCAAGGGAAGAAGCACUCCAAGCCUCCCGUCUCGCUGCAUGGCCAGCUGCUGUGGAGAGAGUUCUUCUACACAGCCGGCCUGGGCAUCCCCAACUUUGACAAGAUGGAGGGAAACCCGGUGUGUACACAGGUGGACUGGGACAGCAACCCCGAGUAUCUGGCUGCAUGGGCAGAGGCCAGGACUGGUUUCCCCUUCAUCGAUGCCAUCAUGACCCAGCUGAGGCAAGAGGGCUGGAUCCACCACCUGGCCCGGCACGCCGUGGCCUGCUUCCUGACCAGAGGAGACCUGUGGAUCAGCUGGGAGGAGGGCCAGAAGGUAUUUGAGGAACUCUUAUUGGAUGGAGACUGGUCCCUGAAUGCUGGGAACUGGCAGUGGCUCUCUGCUAGUACUUUCUUUCACCAGUUCUUCAGGGUCUACUCGCCCAUUGUCUUUGGGAAGAAAACUGACAAAAACGGAGACUACAUCAAGAAAUACCUGCCCCACUUGAAGAAGUACCCAGCUCAGUACAUCUACGAGCCGUGGAAGGCUCCCCGCAGCGUCCAGGAGGCAGCAGGGUGCAUCGUAGGCAAGGACUACCCGCGGCCCAUAGUGGAGCACGAGGUGAUCAGCAAGAAGAACAUCCAGAGGAUGAAGGCAGCCUACGCAAAGAGAUCCCCACAUUCCAGUGAUGAGUCACCCAGCAAGGAGAAAGGUAAAAAACACAAAGCGCCAUCUGUAUUGGAUAUGCUGAUAAAGAAGAAGAAAUGAUAUUGUUUUGGAGACGUGUUCAUCUACUCCAAUUAGAGCUUGAGUGGAAGCUGUCAUGUUACAUUUUGUCUAUCGGUUUACAUGUCACAUUUACAUUAUGACUUUCAAUGUAUGGGAAUUGGUGGGCUUUUUCCCCAGUAUGUGCUGAAAAUAAAAACUCUUUGGCUAAACA